UGCACGAAGAAGAAGGAGAAGAAGAAGAAGUUGCCAGCAUGGCGUUUACACUGUACUCCCUUAUCCAGACCGCUAUUCUGUGCACAAAUGCAAUUGCUGUGUUACAUGAGGAGCGGUUUCUCAGCAAGAUCGGCUGGGGUGUUGACCAGGGAGUCGGAGGUUUUGGGGAUGAUCCAGGAGUCAAAGCCCAGAUCCUCAAUCUCAUCCGUUCAGUCCGGACUGUCAUGAGAGUGCCUUUAAUCAUAGUGAAUUCAGCCUGCAUCGUCCUGUUGUUGCUGUUUGGUUAACACUGCGCGCCAGUAUGAAGCCAGGGGACCAGACGUGCCAAGGAACAACUGCACAUGCUCACACAGACACACACUGUAUUGUGUGUCAUUUUGCCAGUCUUCAGCAGUAUGGAAAAGUUUUCCCAUAACGAUUGGCAGGGGAAUGGAUGAAAGGGGGAAAAAAAAGAAACAAAACAAAAUCAAUUUCAAAACUGAAACGAGAGAACUCAUCACUUGGACAAAAAUAUGGCCUGUGUUGGCCCCUAACAUCCCUGUCAGUGUCACACCAAAAGGACAAAAUAGAUAAAAUAGAUCCCAGAGUUUUGUUUUUGUGCUGCACAGUGUUUGUCUUCACUUGUAUCAUCACAUAUUUGGUCACAGACACAUUGAAGGGAAUCAGUUUGAAUGAUUUCAUGAUGAUAUGUGUCAUGUUUUAUUUUAGUGUGACCAAGGAGGAACUUGUCACUUUUUAUAGAUAUGGCAAAGUGUUGUUAGCAGUAGGUCUGGACGGUAUUUCCAGUUUCACUUCCCAUAACAUCAUAAUGGACAGCUGCAGUGCACAGUUUAUGUAUUUUUUAAAUGGGGCUCAGGACUGGUUCUCACCAUGCAAUGUUCCAGGUGUACAGUUUGGUCACCAGUGAAGACUCAUAGAUAAUGUUUGGAAAUCAGAAAUUAUGCUAGUGCCUGCUGUUAAAAUUAUAACCGUAAUCCUUGUCAGAAGAAGGGUUUUGUUUAAACAGUGGACUUCUGGGGACAGACACAAGGAGACAUUCAACACUUGUUGACUGGUUGUCAAAAAGACUGUUACUUUAUAGUUCUAAUGGUCCUGCAGUCCUCAUUUGUGACAGUGAAGGAAACUCACAACCUACUGAAGAGUUUCACAAAACCAAGCCUGAACAGAAAUUACAGUUAGAGCUCCUUCAUUCUCAGUAAUCUCUACCCACUGAAGCGUAAAAUGGGCAGUGUUUUAUUUCUCCUGUUAGAAUUUUGUUAAAUAUGUGUAAUGUAAAUUUUAAACAUUAUUGCCAAACACAACUCGCAACAAUGUACUUUUGUACUGUUUACACACCCAUAAAUGUAUUAUUCAGUAUAAUGAAAUUCUUUUUAUCAUCUUUUCUUUCUGAGUGUGGCAGAGGAACAGAGAACAUGUGGACAGGAGUUUCUGCUGUUUCCCAUUUAAAUUAGCCUCUGCUACCACUUUUCAUCUAUUCUAAAUAGAUAAAUAGUACAUUUGAAACAAGCCCCUUCUUGCUUUUACAGCAGUACCUUACUCGCACUUGACAAAAUAGCAAUACUUUCACUUGAGUAGGAUGCUGGAGUAUCUUCUCCACCACUGUUCUGUAUAGAUAUACACCAUGUUUGUGCUCCACUUCAUUAAUAAUCCCCAUAUGUUGUGAAUUAUCACCAUUACCUCCCCUGCUAAGCUCCACAAACAUUUUUAUUAACACUAGUUUUGAUCCUAAAUGCAUAUGAGGGGGCGUGAGAGGGAAAAGGGGAUCUGCUGGAAUUAAAAGCAUAUGUUUAUCAGGGAGAUUUGCACAGUAAAGCCACUUUGAUCUGUGAUUAGUCGGAGUUUAGCUGUGGGUUCACCGUAAAAUCUGUAAGCGAUC